UACUCGAUGGUCCGAGCGUCUCAUGGCGUCAGAAAGGGCGCGUGGUAUUUUGAGGUCACUGUGGACGAGAUGCCACCGGACACCUCGGCUCGGCUGGGCUGGUCUCAGCCUUUAGGAAACCUACAAGCUCCUCUGGGUUACGAUAAGUUCAGCUACUCGUGGCGCAGUAAGAAAGGAACGCGCUUCCAUCAGUCCAUAGGAAAGCAUUACUCUGACAGCUACGGACAGGGCGACAUCUUGGGCUUCUACAUUGAGCUUCCAGACAGCACCGAAACCGCCAAGGCUCUGCCUGACACGUACAAGGACAAAGUAUGAACAAAUGAAGUAA